CGCUGACACCGCGGAAACUUCGCUCCCCGCCGCGUCCCGACGCUGUCCGUCUUUAGUUCCCUCGAAAACGCCUCCAACUCGCCUGAAGCCAUGCCCUGUGUUCAGGCUCAGUAUGGGUCCUCGCCUCAAGGAGCCAGCCCGGCCUCCCAGAGCUACAGUUACCACUCUUCAGGAGAAUACAGCUCCGAUUUCUUAACUCCGGAGUUUGUCAAGUUUAGCAUGGACCUCACCAACACUGAAAUCACUGCCACCACUUCUCUCCCCAGUUUCAGUACCUUUAUGGACAACUACAACAGCAGCUACGACGUGAAGCCUCCUUGCUUGUACCAAAUGCCCCUGUCCGGACAGCAGUCCUCCAUUAAGGUGGAAGACAUUCAGAUGCACGGCUACCAGCAGCACGGCCACCUGCCCCCCCAGCCCGACGACGUGAUGGCCCAUUCGGGCUCCGUCUACUACAAGCCCUCGUCGCCCCCGACCCCUUCCACGCCCAGCUUUCAGGUGCAGCACGGCCCCGUGUGGGACGACGCCGGCUCCCUGCACAACUUCCACCCCAACUACGUGGCCACCACGCACAUGAUCGAGCAGCGCAAAGCGCCCGUCUCCCGCCUCUCGCUCUUUUCCUUCAAGCAGUCCCCCCCCGGCACUCCCGUCUCCAGCUGCCAGAUGCGUUUCGACGGACCCCUCCACGUGCCCAUGAACGCGGAGCCGGCCGGCCCCCACCACGGCGUGGACGGGCAGCCCUUCGCCGUGCCCAGCCCCAUCCGCAAGCAGCCUCCCAUGGCCUUCCCCGGGCUGCCGCUGGGCCACGCGCCGCAGCUGCUGGACAGCCAGGUGCCCUCGCCGCCCUCGCGAGGGUCCCCGUCCAACGAGGGGCUCUGCGCCGUCUGCGGGGACAACGCUGCCUGCCAGCACUACGGCGUGCGCACCUGCGAGGGCUGCAAGGGCUUCUUCAAGCGCACGGUGCAGAAGAACGCCAAAUACGUGUGCCUGGCCAACAAGAACUGCCCGGUGGACAAACGCCGCCGGAACCGCUGCCAGUACUGCCGCUUCCAGAAGUGCCUGGCCGUCGGCAUGGUGAAGGAGGUGGUUCGCACAGACAGCCUCAAAGGCCGGAGGGGUCGCUUGCCAUCCAAACCGAAGAGCCCCCAGGAGCCCUCUCCCCCCUCUCCCCCGGUGAGUCUGAUCAGUGCGCUGGUGAGAGCCCAUGUCGACUCCAACCCGGCUAUGACCAGCCUGGACUAUUCCAGGUUCCAGGCUAACCCCGACUACCAGAUGAGCGGGGACGACACUCAGCACAUCCAGCAGUUCUACGACCUGCUCACCGGCUCCAUGGAGAUCAUCCGCGGCUGGGCGGAGAAGAUCCCCGGCUUCACCGACCUGCCCAAAACCGACCAGGAUCUGCUCUUCGAGUCUGCCUUCCUCGAGCUCUUCGUGCUGCGCCUGGCGUACAGGUCGAACCCCGUGGAGGGGAAGCUCAUCUUCUGCAACGGGGUUGUCCUGCACCGGCUGCAGUGCGUCCGCGGCUUUGGGGAAUGGAUCGAUUCCAUCGUUGAGUUUUCCUCCAACUUGCAGAACAUGAACAUCGACAUCUCUGCAUUCUCCUGCAUCGCUGCCCUGGCCAUGGUGACAGAGAGGCACGGGCUCAAAGAACCCAAGCGGGUGGAAGAGCUGCAGAACAAGAUAGUGAAUUGUCUCAAGGACCACGUGACUUUCAACAGCGGGGGCCUGAAUCGCCCCAACUAUUUGUCCAAACUCUUGGGGAAGCUCCCCGAACUCCGCACGCUUUGCACGCAGGGGCUGCAGCGCAUUUUCUACCUGAAACUGGAGGAUUUGGUGCCACCGCCAGCAAUAAUCGACAAACUCUUCCUGGACACUUUACCUUUCUAAGACUCUUCCCGUGCACUGACGCUGAACUCGAGGAACCUUCGCCCGUCGGAAGGGGACUUCAGCUGGGCACGGGGCAGCGCGCGGGGCGGCACGGCCCCCCAGCCAGCUCUGAGCCUCCUGCGGGCGGAGCGCGACGGGGCGUUUGGCUCUGGGGCACCGUGGAUGCGGCUCUCGGACUUCCCGAAUCCCAUGGUAUAAACUUUUUAUUCUCGGCUUAUAGAUGAGGUUAUUAUUGAGGACUUCUGGUUAAACAGACGAAGCAAUCUGGCGACGCCGGGCGCGCGGCUCAGAGCGAGAGGGGCAGCCCACGCGCUGAGGGACCCGCGGGCAUCGCCUCCUAAAGACUGAAAGUUUUCUGCUGUAAAAGAAAGCUGUAAUAUACACAGAUCCUAAAUGUUCCGUGGGUGGCAUGCCAGGAAGGAAGGGAAAGGCUUGUACAGUUGUCAGACGCCGUUUGGCUUUUCUGCAAAUGAACCCGUGCCUAGUCAUGAAUCUAUAUGGGAACCAAUUCUAAAGAAUUAAGAAAUAAAAGCUAAGCGUGUUUGGGGGGAAAAACACAUGAGAAAAGAGAAGGAAAAGCAAAUGGCUCCGUGCGAGGGGAGCGUGACGACCCUAAGGUGGCAAUGUUAUAGGCACUUGCUAUUCAGUAAUGUCUAUAUUCUAUAAAUAGUAUUUCAGACACUAUGUAGUCUGUUAGCUUUUAUAAGGACUGGUAGUUCUCUGAGCUUCAAACGUUUUCUCAGUUGUAAAAUAGGUGGGCACAAAAGUAUUACCGACCCCGAAACCCUCGCAGAGGGACUCAUAGUGUUUGUAAGCACCGUCCACACCCCUUGUUUGUAAGUGUUGUAUGUACUGUUGAUGUUGAUUAAAAGAAAAGAAGUUUAUAUCUUGAUUAUUUUGUUGUCUAAAGCGAAACGAACUUUGCAUGCAGCAGCUUCUGGCCGUUUCCAGAGCGCUUAUAAUAUACAUCGCUCCCUGGAAAUUACUGAGCACUUUGAAUUUUUGUUCUGUUUUGUUGGUUGUUUUCUUUUUUUAAUGUCUAAAAGUCGUCGGUUAAUAUAUUAUUUUAUGUUGGAGUAAUAUUUUUAAUAUUGCCAUAUACUGUAGUAUUUUUUCUUUGUAUAUUUCCAGUAUGGCACACGAUGCAGAUCACUGCCUUUUUUUCUAUGGUGUACAACAGUUAGAAACGCGGAUUGGUUUUUUUUU